GCAACAGCUUCCUGGACACACUAUACCAAUGCGUAUCCUAUUCCUGGCCCCGGUAUCGUCGAUGGUCUGAGGCAAGUGGGGAAGCCCUUAGGCCGAGGGUUACUGCUGCUAGCUCAGAUGAGUUCACAAGGGGCGCUUACAUCGCCCGAGUACGCAUCACAGGCCGUCCAGAUGGCCAAAGCAAACAAAGACUUUGUGUUCGGAUUCACUCACAGGACUGCUUAGUGCCGGAAGAUCCGUCGCUCAUAUACAUGACUUCCGGUGUGCAGUUGAAUGCAGGCACGGAUGCGCUGGGACAACAGUACAACACGCCGGAUCUGGUCAUCCGAGAGCGCAAAUGCGAUAUCAUUAUAGUGGGCCGUGGUGUCCACAAGGCUCUAGAUUGUGCGGCAGCCGCUAAAGAGUAUAUGGCGGCUGGCUGGGAAGCGUACAAAAAGCGCAUCAGUCAAUAA